AUGUCCGACAUCCCAGAACAGACACGGCCGGCCGAGGAGCCUUCUGCGCCUGCUGAAGGAGUAGUUGUGACUGAAUCUGCUGUGCUCGAAGUUCCCGCUGCCGAUGCGCCUGCGGCAGACGCGCCCACGAAUGAACAGGCUGAGGCCGUCGAGGAGGAUGACAAGUCCAAAAAAGUCACCCUGGCCGAUCUAUCUGCGAAAGGCAGCGCGCUGUACGCACACAAGAACUACGAAGAGGCCGCCGAGGUUUUCUCGCGCGCAAGCAACCUGCAGGCCGAGCUGAAUGGUGAGCUUGCUCCCGAGAAUGCCGAAAUUCUCUUCCACUACGGACGCAGCCUGUUUAGGGUUGGCCAAAGCAAGAGCGAUGUCCUAGGUGGACAAGCGGCUGGGGAGUCCAAAAAGACGAAGGCGAACGGCGGCGCGGCGCCCAAGGCCUCUUCGUCGAAGCUUCCCACUCUCGACGAGUCCGCAACGGAUACGCCCGCAUCAGCCUCGGAGAAAAAGGAUGGUGACGCCAAGAAGCCGCUGUUUCAAUUUACCGGCGACGAGAACCUUGUCGACUCCGAUGACUCUGACGAAGAGGGCGGCGAAGAAGCCGAGGAGGAGGAAGAUGACCUCGCCACAGCAUUCGAAAUUCUUGACCUCGCGCGUGUGUGCUACAUGAAACAGCUCUCGCAGCUCAACUCAGCUGCCGAGGGCGAAAAGGGCAAGGAUACCUCUGGAGAAAUGUCUUCCGCCGAGCGGCACGUUAAGGAACGCCUUGCCGAUACCCAUGAUACGCUCGCCGAGAUCUCACUGGAGAAUGAACGCUACCCCAAUGCUAUCGAGGACGGCCGUGUGUCUCUCACUUACAAGCUCGAACUCUACCCUGAGGAGUCCGAAGUCAUUGCGGAAGCUCACUACAAGCUCUCUCUUGCACUCGAAUUCGCGUCCAUCACCAGCUCUGGUGACGAAGGUGGCAACGCCAAGCGCGAGGAGAUUGAUCAGGAUCUUCGCGACGAAGCCGUCAAAGAGAUGGAUUUGGCCAUCAAGAGCUUCAGACUCAAGCUACAAGCCAAGGAGGUUGAGAUUGCUACAUCAGCUUCCCCCUCCGACAAUGAGCUCCUCCGCAAAGACGUCGUCGAGAUGAAGGAGGUUAUUGCUGACAUGGAGCAAAGACUGGUCGACCUCCGCAAGAAUCCUAUCGACCCCCAGGAACUAUUGGGGGCCCCCGAGGCCAAUGUUCUCGGCGGUCUCUUUGGCGCUGUGCUCGGCGAGACACCUGAGCAGACGCAAGCUCGCGUCGCCGAAGCCACCAAGGGCGCCGUCGAUCUGACGAGCAUGGUGCGCAAGAAGACCAAGCCCGAAACUGACUCCGCUGGUGCCGCCGCCGCCGCCGCUCCCGGCGAGUCCUCUACCAAUGGCAAGCGCAAAGCUGAGGAUGAGCUCGUCGAGACUGGCGGCGAGUCCCCUAAGAAGGCCCGCGUCGAAGAGUAG